GUACUAAAUAGUCUGUCUAACUUCCAUGUCCUGUCUCGUCUCACUGCCAUCAAAGCAGCUGGCUCUCUGCCGUUUCCACUGGCCACUGCGCCUCAGCACUUGCAAGGAGAGGCAGCUAGUUUGACCACCGUUCCCCACACUAUCUCACCGGGAGUUUCUCGCCGGAUCGAGCACCGUCUUCCUGCCGCGCGCGGAGUUCACCGGAACCGGACCCGGCGGAGGGAAGCACCGGCUGCCAUUGCUCGCCGCCGUCUCGCAAGGCGACCCGAACCCGAUGCGACGGAGCAGGAUGCCUGAUAAGAGAGGUGCGGCCGUGAUCGACGACCUGCCCGACGACAUCAUCUUCGGCAAGAUCCUCAUCACGCUGCCGCCCAAGGACAUCGGGCGCUGCCGCAUGGUCCGCACGUCGUGGCGCAGCGCCACAUUCACGCCGGAAUUCAUGGCCGAGCACCGCCGCCGGCAGCCGUCGCUCCCCAUCAUCGACGGGAACGGGCAGCUAGCCAGUUUCGUCACCCUCCGUGCCGAUGCUUCCGCCGGAGCCACCAGCCAGCAGAUCUGGCCCUUCCUCUGCAGUUGCCGUAAAUCUUGCUGCGAGAUUCGCCUCCAUGCCUCGAGCGAUGGCUUCCUCAUCGUCUCGCGGGGAGACCGGUUCUACAUCUGCAACCCGACCACCCGCAAGCACGCUCACCUGCCAUUUCCUCGCCCUCCUGCCGCGCUCCUCCUGCAUCAAAGACAUCUCCAUACACGGCCUCUACCAGCACAAAUCAACCGGGAAAUACAGGCUGCUCUUGUCCAAUAUUCACAAGAAAGAAGCCACAUUGUACGUCCUCACCGUGGGAGCCAACGAGUCGAGGAGCAUCCAAGUCGUCAUGCCAACACUGCCUUCGCCUUCCCCGGAACAAACGCGCUCGUUACUCUGUAAGCUAUGCUGGCCCUCACCAGUCCACUACCGCGGCAAUCUGCACUGGUUGUUGUUUAGGCCCGAUCGCAUUCCUGGCAUCCGCAGCACCGGAGACAUUAUUGUGUUCGACACAGAAGCUGAGACAUUCCGCUGGAUGAUAAACCCUGCCAACGACUACACCAUGAACAGGUUGUUUGACAUGGAGGGCACGCCUGCUUUCCUCGGUACGUCGGCUCAUGUCAACACCGCCACCACCGCCAUGGACGUUUGGGUGAUGCAGGACUACGAGGCUGAAACCUGGGCCUUCAAGUACCGGAUCGACGUGUCAAUGAUAGAGGCGUCACGGCUACUUUAUUCAGCUUCUCCCAAAGAGACAAGUAAAAGGAAUCUACCACUUGAUUCAACAGUGAGAUUUUUCAGUGGGAUGACUCCGCUUAAUGAGCGCGAGCUGCUCGUCAGCUUUAAUGAUAAACAUGUCUUGCGUUGCGACACUGACGGCAAGUUCUUAGGACUGGUGACCAUUGGUAAGAGACAGUAUUGUAUGGAGCUUACCGGUCAUCGCCUCCAAGAGAGCAUUAUGCCGAUUCCCUCGGGUGAGAUGCAAGGAGAAGAUGAGGACUUUCCGUUCUCCACAGAGCAUGCCUUCUGAAGAUAGUUCAGGGUUUCUUUCUGGUUUGUUUUGCCCUUGGAGCAUCUACCUAUCCUGUAUGAGUCAUGCCUUAUGUUCUUCACUCUUCUCAACUACUCCCUCCGUUCCCAAUUACUCGUUAUUAGUAACUACUACUAGAACAUGUUAUUUGGGAUGGUCCCAGUAGCACCUAUGCUAUCAUCAGUUGUCGCUUAUUAUGAUGCCUUGAACACUUUUAUAAUGUGCUGAACAAGAGUAUCUAUCUAUGCUAUUAUAUAUUUCUA